UUUGGCUCAGCCCGGGCGCAGUCAUGCUGUUCCGGCUGGGCGGUAGGUGGCUGCGGCCGCUGUCCGUACUGCAAGUGGGGACCCGGGAUCCGCCGCUGGUGCCAGCCUCAGCGGGCGGCAUUAAACACUCUGCUCCGCCGGUGUGGGCGGUGGCGUCCGUCUCUGCGGUUGACUCUGGCGGCCCUGGCAGCUGGUACGAGGCCCUAGCCACGUCGGCGCCGGUGCAGGGCACGGAGGAGGUGCUGCUAGGCGUGCACUCCGCCACAGGUCUGCCCUGGUGGGCCUGCAUCGGUCUCACCACGGUGGCCCUCCGCGGCGCUGUCACGCUACCCCUGGCCGCCUACCAACACUACAUCCUGGCCAAGGUGGAAAAUUUACAGCCAGAAAUAAAAAGCAUUGCAAGGCAUCUUAACCAAGAAGUUGCGGUUCGUGCAGAUCAGUUGAGGUGGUCCAAAAGAGUUGCCAGGCUCACUUAUCUAAAGAAUAUGCGGAGGCUUCUUUCAGAACUGUAUGUUCGGGAUAACUGCCACCCGUUCAAAGCCACUGUGUUGGUCUGGAUUCAGUUUCCAAUGUGGAUCUUCAUGUCUGUUGCUCUCCGGAAUUUUAGCACAGGGGCCACACAUUCAGAAGCAGGUUUUUCUGUUCAGGAACAGUUAGCUACGGAUGGAAUCCUGUGGUUUCCUGAUCUCACUGCACUGGAUUCUACUUGGAUUCUGCCUAUUUCCGUUGGUAUCAUCAAUUUAUUAAUAGUGGAGAUUUUUGCUCUGCAAAAAAUAGGAACGUCUCGUUUUCAGACAUACGUGACGUACUUCGUUCGUGCAGUAUCGCUGUUGAUGAUUCCAGUUGCCGCGACGGUACCUUCGUCAAUCGUGCUGUACUGGCUCUGCUCCAGCCUCGUGGGCCUUUCACAGAACUUGUUGCUGCGCUCUCCCAGGUUUCGUCGCCUUUGCCGGAUACCGUUGACCAAGUCGGAUUCAGACACCCCUUAUAAGGACCUCUUUGCUGCCUUUUACGCCAAGUUCAUUUCAAGAAAAUGAUGUGCUUUCCAUUAAUUUUGAAACAAUUGCAAGUGUCACUAUCACAAUAUAUUUACGUUUACAAAUUCGGAUGUGAUUUAAUUUGUCUUUAUUUAAAACCGUGAAUUGUGUGAAGUACUGUGGGUUAAGAUAUAAUCCAAAUAUAUUUGACAAUACCAAAAAUCCUUUAAAUGCUAGAAAUGUAUGUUUGGUUGUAUCCUAAAAAUAUAAAAGUAAAAUCAAAGCACCUUAUAAAAUUAUAACUUGCUAGAGGGGCCAGAACUUUGGAAGACCGGAUUAGAUACUGAAUGAUGUCCGAUUACACUAACUAAUCUCAUACAUUAAAGCUUUUAUAAUGAAAAUACAGUGAGGUGAUUCUUAAAAUUUUGGAGGUGUGGAGGAUCAUAGACCCAUUUGCUCAUCUGCUAAGGCUAUGGUUUUCUUUUCAGAAAAAUCCUGGGACUCAGCACAUGAGGCCUUCAUUGAUGAGCCUCUCUUCCCCCGCCCUGAGGCUUUCUGGUAAUUCCUGGUUGAGAAAUCUUACUCUUACUCUAAUGGAACACACAAUGAUGAAGAGUUAAUGUGUGACUUCUAAAAAAAAAUGGACUUGAGAUUCAUGCAAUAGAGUAGUCCUUAUAAGAAAGUACCUAAUAUGGUAGGUGAUGUUGCCUUUCAACCCUGCUCUGAAAGAAUGUAAGAAGGGUACAUUCCAUUUUCUGUAUCUUAAGAAGAGUGUACUAGAGUAUAGCACUAAGUACUGCUAGAGCCCAAAGUAGAAAAUCUUAAAUGUUAAGUUUGUUUAGUCAAAGGAAGAAAACCUGAAGGUCAGCCAUCUGUCAUGGAGGUGAUUUUAUAAACUUUAUUUGGAGGGUUUGAGAAUUCUAAUGGGCUUAGACUAUGGUAGAUGGAAAAAUUAAUAGGUAAUAUAAAUUGUGGAUCCAGUUUUUUGCUUGUUUGAUCUGAAAGGAUGAUAAAACUGUGGUUGGGAUAUUUAUGAAUAAAUUUAACAGGCAUCUGAAAAGAUUAUAAAUUACAAGUUGUCAUUGAGUUGGAAUAUGAACCUCAUUUUGAGAGGCCCUGUAUCCCAUCUCAUGUUUAACAAUAAAGCAAAAACUAAAGCGGAAUUAA